AUGCAAUUUGAAGAAAGCUCAAAAAACCGGCUUGUUAUUCUGAUUAGUGGAUCAGGUACCAAUCUUCAAGCAAUUAUAAAUGCAUGUGCAUCCAAACGUAUCAAUGGUUAUAUAUGUAGAGUUAUUUCAAAUAUAGGAUCUGCAUAUGGGGUUACUCGUGCAAAAAAUGCAGGAAUUCCAACCACAAUACACCCUCUUCUCCCAUAUAAAAAAAAAGAAGAGUCAAAUCCUGAAGGAAUUCAAAAAGCACGGCAUAAAUAUGACAAAGAUCUUUCUGAUAUGAUUAUUAAAGAAAAACCGGUACUUGUUGUUUGUGUAGGUUGGAUUCAUAUUUUAUCGUCUGCAUGUCUUGAUCCGUUACAAAAAAUUGGAAUUAAACUUAUUAAUCUUCACCCAGCUCUUCCAUCAACAUUUAAUGGAAUGCACGCUAUAGAGAGGGCAUACAAAGCUUUUCAUGAAGGUAAAAUUACAAAAACAGGAGUUAUGGUUCACUGGGUUAUUGAAGAAAUUGAUCAAGGAGAGCCCAUUGUUGUUAAAGAAGUUCCAAUGUUAAAUGACGAAACAUUUGAUCAGUUUAAAGAGCGUAUGCAUAAAGUCGAGCAUGAUGUAAUUAUAGAUGCUAUUUUAAUUGUUUUGCAGUGCAAAAAUAUGUAA